AUGUUGCAAAAGAGACUACAGAAGCAUGUUGCUUUCGAGUCCUCCCUAUCGCAGGCAGCAAACUGUCGCCUAGAUACGACUCAAGAGUUUCGAUGUUGUGCAGAGUUGUUGGGCAACCGGAUGGAUUGGAAGAAAGCCCAAGCAACUGGAAGUCGAGGCGGGCCAGGGUGCCGGCCGAGUGAGGAAGCAAUUAUUGAAAUGGCGGACAAUACAGAAGAACGCUCAGUACGUGUGCCUUCAGUCGAAGAACUGCAUUGUGGACAAACGGAGGCGCAAUCGGUGUCAAUAUUGCAGAUUUCAGAAAUGCCUAAAGGUUGGCAUGGUGAAAGAAGGUGA